CUCACUGCUGCCAUAUUUCUUCUUCCAAACUCCGCUUGUCUUUGUCCAACAUGGAUUUUCAAAACCGUGCUGGAGGGAAAACAGGUUCGGGUGGUGUAGCGUCGUGGUCAGAAUCGAACAGAGACCGUCGAGAACGUCUGAGGCAGCUUGCUUUAGAGACAAUCGAUCUUAACAAGGAUCCCUAUUUUAUGAAAAAUCAUCUCGGUUCUUAUGAAUGCAAAUUAUGCCUUACUCUUCACAAUAAUGAGGGAAGCUAUCUUGCCCACACCCAAGGAAAAAAACAUCAAUCAAACUUGGCUCGUCGAGCUGCAAAAGAAGCAAAAGAGGCACCAGCUCAACCAGCACCUGAAAAACCAAGGGUAUCUGUUAAAAAGUUUGUCAAAAUUGGUCGUCCUGGUUACAAAGUUACAAAGCAGAGGGAUCCUGACACAGGACAGCAUAGUUUACUCUUUCAGGUGGAUUACCCAGAGAUAGCAGAGAGCAUCACUCCAAGACACCGCUUCAUGUCUGCUUAUGAACAGAGAAUUGAACCUCCUGACAAGGCAUGGCAGUAUCUCCUCUUUGCAGCAGAGCCAUAUGAAACAAUAGCAUUCAAGAUUCCAAGUCGGGAAAUUGACAAAGAUGAAGGGAGACUUUGGACUGAAUGGAAUAAAGACACAAAACAGUUUUUCCUCCAGUUUCAUUUUCGGUUGACUCCCAUUCAAAUUCAACAGCAACAGCAGAAGAGAGGUGUCAGUCAGCCAGGUGUGCCACCAGGUUUAGCUCCGCCCCCUCCGAGGAACAUUCCAUCUGCCAAUCCACUCAACCCGUUUGCUCAGCGCUGAUAAUUUAUGUUGUCUAUGUUAACUUUUCAGAGGCGUGCAUACUUUUUUACACUUAGAGCUAGAUUACAGACUAAAGUUUUUGUAACAGACUUGAGCACCAUCAAUUACAGCUAAUAAAAUGGGAUUUACAACUUGAGAGGUUUGUGUUUCAAUAGAACAAAAUAUUGGUGUAGACCUUAGCCAAAUGGCCACAAGGCAAAAAACAAGAUUAUUGAUCAAGUAGGCUUUAUGCAAAUGCCUUGUGCAAAUUUUACCCUGCAGAGUCAGCAAAACUAGCCAUUCCAAAACAAACGCUCCAGUGAUAACUUCGUAUUAGGCGUUCUGCUGACGGCGUGUGCGUUAUUAUUGAAGCUUCAACAUUUAAAUGGAAGAAAAAUUUUCUGCCGACUUUGGUAGACCCAAGGGAUUAUAGUGACGAGGUCUACACGAAACAAAUGAAUAUUUCGCUAGAUAGAUGGGGUCACAAUUCUUUGUUGGUAUCGUUCUCAGUGUGCGUCAAUGUUGGGUUGAUUCCAUUGCAAUACCUUACAGCACUGAUUCCAUGAUAUGAUCGAAAUGAGGGACCCUGACGUUCUGAUAGGUGCAAACAUGCUCGAGUGCUGUGAUUAGAUAUAUGCAAGAUACAUACCACUCAAUACGCUAAUCUAAUUAUUUUUUAUAUAAACAAAAAACUACAAAAACCAAUUACGAUAUAUACAACGGUAUGCAGCUACGAUGAAAAGAUAAAGGAUGGAGGUGUCAUGAAAGCAUGGUAGUUAACAAAGAAUUUUUUUAAGUAUAUGUAAUUCAUUCUUUAAUUCUCCUGAGAUCAAUGUACUGUGUUGUAUUGUAGUGUACCUAUUAGGUAAUCUGUAUUCUUUACUUGCGUAACCCGUUUUGUAAUUAACCUUCAUCCAAUAGUUUUCUUUUCUUUUUCUAUCACCUUGCGUCCACAUAUAUUUAAGACUUUUGGGUGGUUACGGUUGGAGAGGUUUUUUAGUUUUGAGCGAAGAGCGUUGGGGAAUUGAAAGGAACAGAGACUCGUUCAACAUCAGAGCCGGGAACGUAAGUGCACAGAGAAGCUGUCAGACAGUAAGCUGACGAAGAAGUGGUGAUAAAUAAAUUAAGAAGAAAAGUCCGAACGAAGGUCAAAUUAAGAGAAGUUGUCUGAGCGAAGAGGGAAGUACGCAAAGUUGGAAACUGGUGAAACGGGAGAUUUGUUUGUGAAACGGGAGGUUGGUUUGUGAAACGGAAAUUUGGUUCGUGAGUACGUAGUUUGUUGGUGGAGCGUGGGAGAGUUGAGGACAAGUCAAGAACACGGACGCAAGGCGAACUGAACUAGUAAAAACUUAUUUUUUUUUAGUUAAUAAUACUCUUCUAAAUAGAUUUAGCGUACUCUAAUUUUAGAUUAUAUUCCUGUAAAUUAAUUAAGGUAAAUAAUUUAGCUUAUUGUAUUAUCGUGAUUGUUAGUUACUAUUAUUGUCUUAAUAAAUAUUUGUAGGCUUA